CUCGCUCAGGGUCAUAUAACACAGGUCGGCCACUUUCAGGAUGCGACGGACGUCAGAGUAAAAACACUACAAAUCAGGGCGAUGUUGACGAUGAUUUUAGAGUGUGUGUUGUUUGUUCUAGUUGCUCACUGUUUUCCCAGAGGGAACGCUGGCUCCGGCUCUCGACAAUGGUUUACUGAAAGGGCGAACCUUCGGCCGUUAGGCUCCUAUAGGACGAAUGUAGUGGUGUCUGGAACUACAGUUGCUGAACUAGGGUACACACGUACAGGAGAACUAGCUGCCUGUAGAUUAUCAGAGACCAAGGACGACUACGAAACGCAAUGGCUUGCGCGCCGUCUAAGCAGCUCAGCUCGAGAGACCAAUCUUGAAGAAAUGCUAACCCUAAUUCAACUGUGUGGAAAGCUGGAAGCGUCUCACGUUAUGAGCAAUGUCAGCUACUUUCGCACGUAUCCAGGCACCCUGUGGUGCGGACCCGGUGAUUCAGCGUCAUCGUACUUUGAACUUGGGUCUAAUGCUGUGAUAGAUCGAUGUUGUCGGGACCAUGACCUUUGCCCUAUACGUGCCGCUCCGGGCGAAAUUAGUGUUCCUUUGACAUGGUAUAGUAAGCCCGCUGGGUCAUCGACAAACCUUUUCACCAUUUCUCAUUGUCGCUGCGACGCUGCAUUCAAAAGGCCCUCGACAACAGUAUGCGCAGUUGGAGCGAUCGCAAACAGCGUCAAGACAGCGGACGCGUACAUCACUACCAUUUGUGUUCGUCGAGAUUGGCGCUCACAGCAGCGAACCACGGAAAGCACUACGAUUAUUCCUUCAUGGAAAUGAAACAGUAUCAGAUGUUUCACUAGAAAAAUGUCUAUAAAACACACGCUCUUAUAAAAGAGGUUCUGCUAGCAAUCCGCCUACGGUUCGUAUCUUCAAUGGCCGUUCGAUAUUCCAAACAUCCCGUUCAUCGACGCUUACGUGAAGCCAAUCUCUUCGUUUCGCAUAUGGCUUGAAUGAGUUUUGGUUAUAACGUGUGCGCACGCAUAGCUGCCUAUUCAAUGUAACAUGUGGUAAUGUAAUGUGCAGAAAUACGUAUAUAUCUAGAAUAAUUAACGGACGACGCUAGCGCCAACGGCGCGUUAUGUCUGAAAACGUUUUUGCCUAAAACGUUAUCUUUGUCAGAACAUGAGGAAAUAACUAUUAUCAAACGGGUAUACAUUUGGUUACGCAUCGUUCAUCUGUAUUACGGCGACCUGUUUUUUUUAGCUGCACCCCCAUUCCUUUUCUUAAACCACGUUAGGUUCGUGUCUGUGUGCGAUGCAUGAUAUUCUUUUGUUCGAAUUACUAAUGAUGAAGUUGAUACUUACCACUUCUGCUAAGUUGCAUACCUAAAUCGCGGCACUUGCAGUCAUAAAACUUAAUGGUUUAGCUUGAAGCUCUUACUAAUUCGAUAACUUACGCAUGCAUAUUCAAAAGGUAGGCCUUUGGAAAACCCGCAACGUGUACUCGAAUGAGAUAAUAUCAGUUUCACGUAUAUUUAUAGUAUGUGCUAUGCUUUGAGUACAAUUCGAAAUUCUGCGCGGACAUGUAAAUAAAUCUUUUAUACAUAUAGAAAAAAAAACUAGCGCUGAUGUUUACACCAGUAAUCCAGACCUAUGUAUCCGAAGGUUGCACGCUGGAAAUAUUCGUUAUGUAUAUGUGAUCGAUGCUAAGUUAUAACGAAAGGACAGUGUGACAUUGUCGGAGACUGAUUACCUUCAAAGUUCAUACUUAAAACUUUUUUCAAUCACAUCGUGUUUCAUCACACAUUCAAUUGUUCAGGAAAUGCUGCCGUGCUGACUAUGUUUUUGUGUCUAAUAACCCAUGUAUAAUAUCAGCUCGCAACAUUUCUCUUUGUAUAGUGUUGGGCCAUUUUAAGCGUUCUGUUUGUUUGCAAAUAGCGACGUUUAGAAAUACGUCCUUAAGCGUCAAAAACAAUAUCGUCCUAUUUAUUUUUAGUGAUCCAACUAAAUGUAGACGGAAUCCUUUAAUAGAAUAAUAAUAAUUUAAAGAAAGCACAAAACAACUAGAC